CCCCCCAAAAAAUAAAAAAGCAUUUGCUUGGUGAAAAAGAAAACCUUUAUUCUUCGUUCUUGAAGGAGUAUAUAUAUAGGCUUAACACAAAAGUUUGCCUUUUUGUUGCUCAUUUACUUCACUCUCAUUCUUUUUACAUAAAAAUCCAUUUCUCUUGUCAAAUUUCUCCGUUAGGGUUUUAGCGAAAAUGUCAAAAACUCCGGAUCCGAAAAGUACCGGAACCGGCGCCGGAAAACCCGCCGGAGAAGAAUCGACGGUGAAAGUUCCGUCCAAAGAUCCAAAGAAGAAGGACGAUAAGAAAGACGAAGAUCUAUCCGAAGAAGAUUUGGCAUUGAAGCAGCAAUUGGAACUGUAUGUGGAAAGAGUUCAGGAUGCAGAUCCCGGGCUUCAGAAGGUUGCCUUGGAGAGCAUGAGGCAGGAAAUACGUACAGCAACAAGCUCCAUGACAUCGGUUCCAAAACCACUGAAGUUCUUGCGUCCCCAUUAUGGAACACUAAAAGGAUUUUAUGAGAAAAUGCCUGAUUCUGAUUUAAAGACACUUCUGGCAGAUAUUCUCUCUGUUCUGGCGUUGACAAUGUCUGCUGAAGGAGAAAGGGAGAGCUUGAAGUAUAGACUGUUGGGAUCUCAAGGAGACAUUGGUUCCUGGGGACACGAAUAUGUUAGGAACUUGGCUGGAGAAAUUGGACAAGAGUAUGCAAAGCGUCAGAGUGAAGAGGCCCCAAUUGACGAUCUUAUGGAGCUCGUGCAACAAAUUGUUUCUUUCAACAUGAAGCAUAAUGCCGAACCUGACGCCGUGGAUCUUUUAAUCGAGGUUGAAGACCUUGAUCUCUUGGUGGAGCAUGUGGAUAGCAGCAAUUGUAAAAGGACUUGCUCUUAUCUCACCAGUUUUGCUAAAUACCUUCCUGGGCCUGAUGACAUGUUGGUACUUGAUAUUGCAUACACUAUAUACAUGAAGUUUGAGGAGUAUCCUCUCGCACUUGUGACUGCAUUAGCCCUAGACAACAUGCAGUCUAUAAAGCAAGUUUUUACGUCAUGUGAUGAUAAUCUAAUGAAGAGGCAAUUCUGUUACAUCCUUGCUCGCCAUGGUCAAACAUUUGAUAUUGAUGAAGAGCUGUGCGCGAGUGAUGAAGAGAGAGAAGUAUUGCAGGAAAUUGUUAACAAUGUGAAAUUAAGUGAAGGGUAUCUUGCACUUGCUCGUGAUAUUGAGGUUAUGGAAGCCAAAACCCCCGAUGACAUAUACAAGCCACAUUUGCUUGAUGGCCGAGCUAGUGCAGGGGCAAGUGUAGAUUCGGCUAGACAAAAUUUGGCUGCUACUUUCGUCAAUGCAUUUGUCAAUGCUGGUUUUGGCCAGGAUAAGUUGAUGACAGUACCAUCAGAGGCAACAAGUGGUGGUUCCUCUGCAAGCUGGCUUUUCAAAAAUAAAGAACAUGGGAAGGCUAGUGCUGCAGCAAGUUUGGGAAUGAUCCUGCUUUGGGAUGUUGAUUCUGGGCUUGCACAACUUGACAAAUAUUUCCAUAGUACUGACACCCAUGUAAUUGCUGGUGCACUAUUAGGAGUUGGGAUUGUAAACUGUGGCAUCAAGAAUGAUUGUGAUCCGGCAUUGGCACUUCUUGCUGAAUAUGUUGACAAAGAUGAUCCUUCAAUUAGAAUAGGCGCUAUAAUGGGUCUAGGUCUUGCUUAUGCAGGUGCUCAGAAUGAGCAGAUCAGAAGUAUAUUGACUCCCAUACUUGGAGAUAAUAAGGCGUCCCUUGAUGUAAUUGCAUUUGCUGCAAUAUCGUUGGGCUUGGUGUAUGUGGGUUCAUGUAACGAAGAGAUUGCCCAGGCAAUCAUAUUUUCAUUGAUGGAACGAAUCGAGUCAGAAUUGGGAGAUCCCCUUUCCCGUCUCUUGCCUCUAGGCCUUGGUCUUUUAUACCUUGGGAAGCAGGAAAGCGUCGAGGCUACAGCUGAAGUUUCGAAGACUUUCCAUGAGAAGAUCAGAAAGCAUUGUGAUAUGACCCUCCUUUCUUGUGCCUAUGCUGGGACUGGCAAUGUACUUAAGGUCCAACACUUUCUUGGUGAAUGUGCUCAACAUCUUGAAAAGGGUGAAAGCUAUCAGGGAGCAGCUGUCCUUGGUAUUGCGAUGGUUGCAAUGUCUGAAGAAUUGGGGCUUGAAAUGACAAUACGCUCACUAGAACAUCUUUUGCAGUAUGGGGAUCAAAAUAUCAGAAGAGCUGUUCCGUUGGCUCUUGGUCUCCUCUGCAUAUCAAAUCCAAAGGUUAAUGUCAUGGACACUCUGAGCAGGCUUAGUCAUGAUUCAGACACUGAAGUCGCAAUGGCUGCUAUCAUUUCCUUGGGAUUGAUAGGUGCUGGAACAAACAAUGCUCGAAUAGCUGGCAUACUUCGUAACCUGUCCAGUUACCAUUACAAAGAAGCCAACCUUCUUUUCUGUUUGCGGAUCGCCCAAGGUCUUGUCCAUCUAGGGAAGGGCUUGAUGACUCUCUCACCAUAUCAUUCGGAACGAUUUUUGUUAUCUCCGACUGCACUAGCUGGACUUAUUACUGUGCUGCACAUAUGUCUUGAUAUGAAGGCCAUUAUCUUGGGGAAAUAUCACUAUGUGCUUUAUUUUCUGACACUGGCGAUGCAGCCAAGGAUGCUAAUGACUGUGGAUGAGAACUUAAAACCGUUGUCAGUGCCGGUUCGAGUUGGCCAAGCUGUUGAUGUUACAGGUCAGGCUGGUCGACCAAAGACUAUUACAGGUUUCCAGACACACUCAACCCCAGUUCUCCUUGCUGCUGGGGAUCGAGCUGAGCUCGCCACAGAAAAGUACAUUCCACUUUCGCCCAUUCUUGAAGGCUUUGUCAUAUUGAAGGAGAAUCCCGAAUGUAGGGAUGAUAACUAGUCAUGUACCAAAUGCGUUCCGCUAGAAAGAUUUAACUGUGCCAUGGAUACUUACUCAUCAAAUGAGUGUCUGGGAAUGUUGAUGAGUCCAUGUGCUGAGAUUGCCGUGGCAAAUGAGGCUACCCAAUCUUACCUUUAUACACGUCUGACAGAAGAGAGUUGAAUCCUGGACUAGUAUUGCUAUGAUUUAUUGUCUAAAAGGUAGUUAUUUACAAGCUCUAGAGGUGUAUCAUUGGCCAAAUCUUAAUGCAAGAAUUUUUUUUUCAUUUGCAUAUUUGUUACCCGUCGUAUCCUGCCCUCUUGUCGCGUCGUUGCUAACAGAUAUUGGUUACUGAAAUCGAAAUGGAAAUCCUAUGUCUUGCUUUUCAA